CGCUGUGAGCUGGAGUGGGGUGGCCCGGAGCGUCUCCCUCCGCCGCCACCGCCGGGGACUCCAGAGCCGGCGCCAGCAGCAGCAGCAGCAGCAGCAGGAGGAGGAGGAGGAGGAUGGCGGCCUCGGCCCUGUACGCCUGCACCAAAUGCAACCAGCGCUACCCCUUCGAGGAGCUCUCCCAGGGGCAGCAGCUCUGCAAGGACUGCCGGAUCGCCCACCCCAUUGUGAAGUGCACCUACUGCAGAUCGGAAUUUCAGCAGGAGAGUAAAACGAAUACAAUAUGCAAGAAGUGUGCACAGAAUGUGAAGCAGUUUGGAACACCCAAGCCCUGUCAGUACUGUAACAUUAUUGCAGCAUUUAUUGGCACCAAGUGUCAGCGUUGCACAAAUUCAGAAAAGAAGUACGGACCCCCUCAGACUUGCGAGCAGUGCAAACAGCAGUGUGCUUUUGACCGGAAGGAGGAAGGAAGAAGAAAGGUGGACGGCAAGUUACUGUGUUGGCUCUGCACGCUGUCCUACAAGAGGGUUUUGCAGAAGACGAAGGAGCAGAGAAAGAGCCUGGGCUCUUCACACUCCAAUUCGUCUUCCUCAUCUCUCACGGAGAAAGACCAGCACCAUUCAAAGCACCACCAUCACCACCACCACCAUCACCACCACCGUCACGGCAGCGGCCACCACAAAAUCAGCAAUCUGAGUCCCGAACAAGACCAGGGAUUGUGGAAACAGAGCCAUAAAUCCUCUGCAGCUAUUCAGAAUGAAACUCCAAAGAAAAAACCCAAACUGGAAUCCAAGCCAUCCAAUGGAGAUAGUAGCUCUAUAAACCAGUCAGCAGAUAGUGGGGGAACUGACAAUUUUGUCCUCAUCAGCCAACUGAAGGAGGAAGUGAUGUCUCUUAAGCGUCUCUUGCAGCAAAGGGAUCAAACCAUUUUGGAAAAGGAUAAGAAGUUGACUGAAUUGAAGGCGGACUUCCAGUACCAGGAGUCUAAUUUGAGGACCAAGAUGAACAGUAUGGAGAAAGCCCACAAAGAAACCGUAGAGCAACUGCAGGCCAAAAACAGGGAGCUACUCAAGCAGGUUGCAGCUUUGUCAAAGGGUAAAAAAUUCGAUAAAAGCGGGAGCAUACUAACGUCUCCUUGAGGAAACGGCUACUCAUUGGUGUUUGUGCUCAAAGUGUAAAUUUGGGUAAUUCUCUGAAGCCCUUAAAAUUCUGUGUAGUGAAAACCUAUUUUUGCACACCGGAUAAGUUGGCAUGUUUCCUAUACAGUUUUGUAACUGAGAUGCAGCUUUUUUUUUUUUUAGUUGACAGACUAUUCAAAUUUGAUACUUCAACUGGCUUGAAGGAACUUUUUUUUAUUUUUAUUUUUCUGAUACCCAGGAAUUUUUUUGCCGGCAAUAGUAUUACUGAACAGUUUCAAAAGGCACAUCAGCAGUGCUGUUUUCAACACAACUUGCAAUAAUAGAGUUGGUGUACUUUUUUCGAGUUCAAAGUGGCAGUUGAUCUCAUUGUUUUUAUUAAGCUAAUUUCAGCUGAUGUUCAGUUUUCAAAUUUAGGAAUAGAAGAACUUUGUGAAUAAGGAACAUUGUGAACGCUGGGUUUUUGGCCACUGUGUUCUUUUCAAAUAUAAAUUAAGGAGGGAAUCAUGGUGCUUUUAUUAAAUGAAAUUCACAAGUAUAAUAUAUGUACAUACUUUUUUAAAAGUUUCCAUGGUUAGUGGUAAGCAUCGAGUAGCUUAGUAGAUUCAUCCUUGUCAUUGAAAUUUUCUGAACAUCUUGUACAGUACAAGGUUUAAGUGUGUCUUUUGUUUUGUAAAAACUACUGUCAAUUUUUACUUGCAAGUGCCUUUUUGCCACCCGAUGUUUUUAUUUAUAGGAAUGUUGGUCUUUUGUACAUAAGGUUUCUUGUUUUAAGAUCAUGUUUUCAUAAAUGUGUGUAUAUAAAUGUAUAUGUACAGAGGCCCAACUAAAAAUUCAAAAGAGCUAGUAAACUGCCCCCGGUUGCAUUAAAUACUAGCUUAAUGGAUGGUGAAUAUUGACUUUAGAUCAUUUUAGUAGUUUGUGUCUGUGUGCAAAUUGUUGAUCCUGGAUAUCAUCAUGCCAAUCGGUGCUCAAAACCAUGGGGGACUCUUUUGGCAGUGGUAGAUUUUCCAUUCUGUCCUAGAAAUUUUUUUGGCGGGGGGAAGGAGGAUGGAUUUUUUUUUUAGGGCGUGCCCCCCCCACCCCCCCAGUGUGUAGUGCUAGUUUAAAAGACAAACAUCAGUCUUACCUCUGAUCUCUCCACUUGAUACGGUUAGUUGGGUUGGUGCCCGUGAGCACACCUGGCCUUUUAAAAUUCCCCAAUUUUUCCCCACUCGCUGUAAAGGACACUUGAAGUUCUUCUCCAGAAGAAUGUGGAACCAAUAACUAGGUUCUGGUGUUUUCACAAGAAAACCCGUACCCCCAGAUAUCUGUCAGGUAAGGGAUGGAUGCCUGAAAAGAGUAGCAAAAGAAUUUGGCCCUUUAUUCCGUAACUACCAACCUUGGAAGGCGAUUGAUCUCGUACUUACAAAUUGUUCAUCUCAGCCUUUUCACACUGCUCCUAGGGGACUUUAGCUUACCUUCUUGACAUAACUUGAGGCAGGGUUUCUUUCUCUCCCCUCCCACCUCCCCCCUCCCCCCCCCCCUUUUUUUCUGAAUAUCUCAGAAAGUACGACCUGAACCAGCAAUGACUUUGAAUGUUCUCCUAAGGGAUAGCUCUUCUAGAGCAAAAGUUUAGGUGUUUUGUGUAUCUUUUUUUUCCUCAUCCUUUUAAAUAGCUUGUACUUCCCAUAGUUAGACUUGCUUUCUGUGGAGAAUCGUACUCCAGAAUUCUCCAGCAGGGUCCUAUCAGGAAGUAGUCACAGCCGUAGCAAGGAAAAUGAAUCCAUUUUACUUGGGAAAUACCAGUUCUUUUCUAGGAGGUGUUCUUUUGUGUACUGAAGGAUUAUCCAUGUCUUCUUUGUAGGUUUAUUACAAAUUCUACUUACAUUUAGUACUUCUAGGGUAGAAAAUGCUGCUAUCCUAUGGUGAGUUUUCACGUCGAGAUUUGCUAAAUCCAAAAUGACUGAUUUCAUUGAAAAUUUAGUAAUUUUUUAUAACUGAUAUUUUUCCAGUUUCAUAAGCCUCUUGUCAACCUGCUGUUGUCAGUGUGGUUUUUAAAUUUUUCAUUUUUGACGUGCCCGGUUUGAAAGAAACCUGCUGAAGCUGCAGUCGGACUUUUUUUUUUAAGAAGUUCACUAUCGUAAAUAUCUGAAUUUAUAAAUUCCCAUGCUAAAAUAUUUUAGGGGCUUCACAGUAUUUAGUCCUACCUAAAUACCCGAUAUCUUUAUUUCAUAACCUCAUUUUUUUAACUUGAAUUUUUUAAAGUUGUCAAUUGGUUAAGUUCCGGAGCCACGAACGAUGACCUGGAGCUGUAGUGUAUUGACAUAAUGAACUGAUGUUCUUUUAAUGUGGAUCCUGCAAGGAGAUACAGUGUCUUGUGCUUUAUAGCCUGUCUUCAGCUGUUAAUUAGCAUUGACCAGUGAUAGCCACUUGGGCUCAAGUUAUUUAUGUAUUUUAAGCCUGUGAAUAAAGCGGUCCUUUUCCAAUAGUUUUUGUCUUAAUAUGCAUUUUACAGUGAAGCUUUCCAGCUCUUCACCUGUAUAGACUAUUGAAAAUUGUACUUGCACACAUCUUACUGUCGACAUUUUGUACUUUUUUCUAAGUCCAAUAUUUCACAAUAAAAAUGUGUCAAAAUCCUAA